AAAUUUUAAAACGAGUGGCCGUUUGAACACCAACUUCAAAGAGCUUCAAACUUCAAAAACCCCCCUCUUCUCUUCAAUGCCAUCUUCUCAUAGCCCGAACCUGAAACACAAAAAUAACUUCGUUACACUAGACAGAGCCGGAGAGCGAAACAAACUCGUAUUUCAUAUAAAUUUAGAGAGAGAAAGUUAUGACAGGACUUGUAAUGGUGACGAAGGGAGGUGUUAGGGGAACACCAAAGGGAACAAAAGGAACCGAAGAAGAGCAAAACCAGUUUUCUAUGGUGGCCAUUCUCUUAGCAGCUAUAAGGAAAUCGCUAGUGUCUUGUCGUUUUGAGGAGAGAGAAGAUGUGAUUCCUACUGUUCAUCAUAUGGAGAUCGGUUGGCCUACUAAUGUUCAACAUAUAACUCAUGUGACUUUUGAUCGUUUCAAUGGGUUUCUGGGUUUGCCUGUUGAGUUCGAAGUCGAGAUUCCUUGUCGAGUCCCAAGUGCUAGUGCUAGUGUGUUUGGCGUCUCAGCAGAAUCCAUGCAAUGCUCUUUUGAUUCAAAAGGAAAUAGUGUCCCAACAAUUCUCUUGCUAAUGCAGGAUAGGCUAUACUCUCAGGGAGGUCUAAAGGCAGAAGGGAUUUUUCGCAUAAACCCAGAGAAUGGCCAGGAAGAGCAUGUGAGGAGCCAGCUGAACAGGGGCAUUGUGCCUGAUAAUAUUGAUGUACAUUGUUUAGCAGGCCUUAUAAAGGCCUGGUUUAGAGAGCUUCCUUCAGGGGUGCUGGAUGGGCUUUCUCCUGAACAAGUUCUCCAAUGCAACACAGAAGAGGAAUCUGUUGAGCUUGUGAAACAACUAAAGCCAACAGAAGCUGCUUUGCUCAAUUGGGCCAUUGACCUCAUGGCUGAUGUUGUUCAAGAAGAAGAUUCCAAUAAAAUGAAUGCUAGAAAUAUAGCAAUGGUCUUUGCUCCCAACAUGACUCAGAUGUCUGAUCCUUUGACAGCACUGAUGCAUGCUGUACAAGUAAUGAAUUUACUCAAGACUCUAAUUACAAAAACAUUGAGAGAACGCGAAGAGACUGCAACUGGAGGAUAUUCACCUAUGUCAUCUCAUUCAUCUAGUAGGCAAACUGAUGAGGAUUUUGAAAGUCAGCAAGAGAUGGAUACCAGCUGUGAGCUGAGACAGGAACCAUCAGAAUAUGAUGAUGAUCAUGCUCAUUACAACCCUCGUAAUGAUGAUGAUGAGGAUGAAGUUGAGUCAUUGAGUGAGAUAGAAGAAUGCUUCUUGAGGCAAUUAAAUGAGAAUAAAAGUGGCUGCAAUAUUUUCUUCCAGAAACCACCAGAUGAUUUACCCAGAGAAUUUCCAAAUCCCAGAAUUUUCUUAGGGUUUAAAACGGAAUCUGGCAUCUCAUUUACUGGUAGCAAAAGUGAAAGUUCUAGUUCAGCUACAAGUGAUGGAGAAGACUCCAGGGCAAAUAUGAUCGCUGCAGGACAAGAAAUUGAUAGGAGAAGCCCAUCAAAAGAACAAGAAAACUCUGAUGAUGUGGAUAUGGUCGAGAAAUUAGACGUUACCAUCUUGCCUAUACAAUCCUCCAGCGAAUCCGUUUGACUCAGUUUUAAUUCUUGAAGCGCCUAGGAGAAUACUUCAUUGCAGAUUUUGGUUUGCUCCCUCAGAGUGGUUACAUUUGUACAUUAACACUGGAUUAACUGUGUGAACUUUGCUUGAACUAGGUUUUGGAGGAUUCAGUUGUCGUCGAUUGUUAGAGAGUCAUGGUUCAGCUUUGGGCUGAACUUGUGCUUGUUUAAUGAGUUUCAGCAUGGAGCUGAAAACUCGCUGUCGAUGUCUUAGUAAUGUGGAUUUCUAACCUUGACAUUCUUAGGCUGCAAUGAGUCAUGUACCCAAGUCUUAAUUCCUUGUCUUUAUCAAACAGAUAUGCAGAAGUCUGUGAUGCUGAAUUCCUGUUUAGCUUCAUUCAACUUUAUCUAGAAAUGACGGAUAUUACAUGUUAUAUGUGUUUGAUUUGCAAAAGCUGUGUGGUCCAUGUUUCGGUUAUUGAUAAAAUUAGAUUAUCAUCUGUGCCUUAAA